UAGAGAGCUUCAAAAAACUGAAAAAAGAAAAACCCUAAUUUUCAGGUAAAACUUCAGUGUUACUUUAGGUAUUGCUAUUGAGUAGAAGAGCUUAAACUCCUGUGUUUGUGUGCGAUUUUUUGUUUUCAGUUUCAAAAUGGCAGCUAAUAAGAACAAAGGAGCAAAAUCGAAGAACCCGCCUCUAAAAAAGAAGCAAAGAAACCAUCUUUUCACUGAGAAAAAACGACCCACCAAAAAAGAUGAGGUCUUUGAUGAUGUUUCUGAUGGCCAGAGCGAAGAAGAACAAUUAGAAGAAGCAGAAGACUUAUUGGAUGGGGAUGAACAAGUGUCUGAUUUUGAUGAUGCCUCUGAUAUUUCAGAUGAUGAUGAUGCUCCCUUGGCUGAUGAUUUCCUUCAAGGAAGUGAUGAUGAAGAUGAAGACAGAGGUUCUGGUUCUACAUCAGGUUCUGGUUCCGAUUCAGAUGGAACUGAUAUUGAGGAGAAGUCAAGGGCUAUUGAUGAACAAAGGGAGAGGGAAGAAGAAGAUGCACAAGCAGAAAUGCAGUUGAACAUUAAAGAAGAGUCUGAUGAGUUUAGAUUGCCAACAAAAGAGGAACUGGAAGCAGAGCAACAACGUCCACCUGAUCUUGCAAAUCUUCAGAUGAGAAUAAAAGAUAUUGUUCGAGUGCUCUCAAAUUUCAAGGAAUUGAGGCAAGAGGGAAACACAAGGAAGGAUUAUGUUGACCAACUUAAAAUGGAUUUGGGUUCAUACUAUGGCUACAAUGAAUUCCUCAUAGGGGUUUUGGUGGAUAUGUUUCCAGUUGUGGAACUCAUGGAACUUAUUGAAGCUUUUGAAAAGCCUCGACCUACAUGUAUCAGGGCAAACACUUUAAGGACUCGCAGGAGGGAUCUAGCUGAUACUCUCUCCAAAAGAGGAGUAGAACUAGACCAAUUAAGCAAGUGGUCAAAAGUCGGAUUGGUGGUGUAUAAUUCACAUGUGCCUAUUGGUGCCACUCCAGAGUAUUUGGCUGGCUUUUACUAUAUACAAGGUGCAAGCUCCUUUUUGCCUGUUAUGGCUCUUGCUCCUCAGGAAAAGGAACGAGUAGUUGAUAUGGCAGCUGCACCUGGUGGUAAAACAACUUAUGUUGCUGCUCUCAUGAAAAAUAGUGGGUUAAUUUUUGCAAAUGAAAUGAAGGAAACAAGGCUGAAGUCACUUACUGCAAAUUUGCAUCGCAUGGGAGUGACAAACACAAUAGUUUGUAACUAUGAUGGGAGGGAGCUUCCCAAGGUUUUGGGUCAGAAUUCGGUUGAUAGAGUGUUGUUGGAUGCCCCUUGUAGUGGUACAGGAGUUAUAACCAAAGAUCCAUCCGUUAAAACCUCUAAAAGUUUAGAUGACAUACAAAAAUGUGCCCAUUUGCAGAAGCAAUUGAUACUUGCUGCUAUUGAUAUGGUUGAUGCAAAUUCCAAAACUGGCGGAUACAUCGUUUACUCAACAUGCUCCAUGAUGGUUCCAGAGAAUGAAGCUGUCAUUGACUAUGCACUCAAGAAGAGAGAUGUCAAAGUAGUUCCAUGUGGACUCGACUUUGGGUGUCCAGGAUAUAUCCGAUUUAGGGAGCAUCGGUUUCAUACAUCCUUAGAAAACACAAGGCGGUUUUAUCCUCAUGUACAUAAUAUGGACGGCUUUUUUGUGGCAAAGUUGAAGAAAAUGAGCAAUACAAAGAAGAAUCUUGUAAGUUCUGAUGGUUCAGAAACAGUAGAGCAAACUCAGAGGCCAGAGGAGAUCCAUAGUGAUGAGGACAACAAAAAAGAGAUUGAACAACAAAAGAUUAAGAAACAAAGCCCGAAAGGGAAAAAGAAGAGCUUAAAGGCGAAAGGGUUAUCUGGAAACGGAAAGGUUGAAUCACCACCAACAUUGAAAAACCGGGACAGAAGCGAAAAUGGGAAGGUAGAAUUGGCAGCGACAUCGAAAAAGAGGAAAAGAAAAUUUCCUUCUAAAGAGGAAAUCUCAAAAGCAAGGGAAGAGAAGAGAAAGGCAAUGAGGGGGCAAAAGAAGCAACCAAAGGAAGACAAGACUGGAAUAUGAUGAGGCUUCUUUUGGUACCAUUAUGCUUACAGCAUGCAGUGAUUUGAGAACUAAAACUGGAUGACUGCAGGAAUGUUUACUAUUUAAUCAAAGUUCUGUUUUUGUUGUUUAUUGUUUUCCACCUUAAUUAAAGUUUUGUUUUCAUUUUAUUUCUUAGUUUAAUUUUGUUAUUUAUUUUAGCACCGAUUGUUAUUUUGCCUUUUUAAUCUUGAAUUGAAAGAGUGUAUGAUGACGGUUAUGGUAGAAUAUUUGAUAUAUUAUAUUAUUAUUAUUUUGUUUA